AGCGAGAUCACGUGAGGUCACGUCACCGCUUCCACUGAGUGCUGUUCGGGUGGGCCGCCGGUGCUACGGGCGAUGGCGACGGCAGCGGCCGCCGGUGCCGGAGGGACGAAGAACGGCGAAUGGGGAAACUUCGAGGAGGCGCUGCUGCAGGGCAGCAGCUCAGCAGUGAUCGACAUGGAGAACAUGGAUGACACAUCAGGCUCAAGUUUUGAGGAUAUGGGAGAGAUGCAUCAGCAAAUGAAGGAGGAAGAUGAUGCGGGUGAGGAACCUGUGACUACAGAGGAGGAGGAUGCAGCGUUCCUUGGUAUGAAGGGAUUGAAAGGACAGCUGGGCAGAGAAGUAGCAGAUCAGGUGUGGAGCCAGGUGUGGCAAGCAAGCAAGAUUCAGGCAUCAAAGGCAUUCAAUCUGUACGGUAAUAUUGAUAUACUCAGACCAUACUUUGAUGUUGAGCCCAUCCAAGUGAGGAACAGAUUGGUGGAGUCUCUAAUUCCAGUCCGGAUGAUUACUUUCCCUCAGAAAGUUGCAGGCGAGUUGUAUGGCCCUUUAAUGUUGGUUUUCACACUCGUGGCCAUUCUUUUGCAUGGAAUGAAGACGUCUGGAACAGUAAUCAGAGAAGGCACGCUGAUGGGCACUGCAAUUGGAACCUGCUUUGGCUACUGGCUGGGUGUCUCGUCAUUUGUCUACUUCCUUGGCUAUUUGUGCAAUGCCCAGAUCACGAUGGUACAGAUGCUGUCACUGGUGGGUUAUGGUUUGUUCGGACCUUGCAUUGUAUUGAUUGUCACCUACAACGUGCAUCUUCAUUCUCUUUUCUACCUGUUAUGGCUUAUCGUCGGAGGACUCUCCACCCUCAGGAUGGUGGCUGUGAUGCUGUCCCGCACCGUUGGACAAACUCAGCGGCUCACUGUUUGCGGGAUGCUUGCUGUUCUGCACAUGGUUUUCCUGCUUUACCUGCACUUUGCUUACCACCGGAUUGUGGAAGGUAUUCUGGAUACUUUGGAAGGAGUGAAUGCUGGCCCAGUGAGAUUCCCCCGAGACGUCUCAGCACUUUCUGUGACUGUACCAAACAGCACAGUGAGAUUGAUUGGUGCCAGCCUGCAGAUGCAUUGACCCUGCGUAAUCUUGGGAUUUCUGUUUCCUUCUUGCUCUCAGAGAUCUGAGGGUACUGCGUACAGACCGUGCAAGGUGGAGGGUACUGAGGGGAAGUGUUUAUACUCUCCUGUAGACAGCCAUACCUGUACCUGCAGAAUAAACUGCUUCAUCAUACUAGUAGGGACGGGGCUGUGGUUCAAAACUUCCCCACGUCAACAGAUCAAGACAAGUGUAAAUAAUUGAGCAUUACUUUAAAAAAUACAUAUGUGAUUUUUGUUGUUUGAUUUCUCAUUGCUUGAAAGAGUUAUUGGAUUGUUAAAUAAAUGCAUGUCACUUGUACAACUUUUAUUUAGUUAAACAAAAAUACAACAAUUCUGGCCCAGGAGUGUAAAAUCCUUCCCCCAGAGUGGAGCAGAGCUGUAGAAAUUGGCAUUGAUUCCCAGAAGUAGCUUCAGGUUGGAGCUGUUGACUUCUGUAACUAGGGUAGGAGAGAUGGCCUCAGUAGAUGGAGGAAAGGGUGAAUUCUCAUUCCCUGUGACUCAGCAACUAAAGAAACAGCAGAAUUAAGUCACUGACCUCGCAUUGAAUAAAAUACUGGAUGAACUUCCUGCUCAGUUCUAUGCUGCGAUGUGAACCCUCCUCCCCAGUGUUGGUCUCAGACUGUGCCUCUUCCCUGCUCCUCCCCAUUUCCUGCUCACCAGCACCCCUUCUUGUAUCACUGCUCAUUGUCAUCCUUGCUCUCCUUUACCCUCAAUCCCCUUUGCAUGAUGCUGCUCUCUCUUACCCCACCUCCACUGGUGAACUUCUCUACUGCCUACCCUACUCCCCUUGCUCCUGCCUUGUGCUCCGUGCAGUGUGAGUUACUGUGAGUGCUGGGAAGGAGGAGUUUUGUGCAAAAACAGUAUUCAGGAGGUUCAUUUUCCUGAAUAUUUCAUUGGGAUUGAGGAUGGCCUUCCAUGUGAGAUUUUGUGGUGACUGAUGAAACACUGGGGAAAUGGCACACUCUUCUACACAUGGAGUAGAGGGUGCCAGAAUGGGUGGAUGGCUGAUUUGGGAAGUGAUCUGAUCCUCAUGACCUGGACUCCUUCCUGAUUUACCUGACUCUAGAUUUCCUUUGCCAUCCUGGCUGCCACUGACUUUAGCAUGUUGUGGGCCAAGGAUUCUCACAAGUUGAUGGGGAGAUGAUUUUUUUUUUCAAGAAGAUUUUGAGCACGUUGUUUAAUCUUUUCCUCUCUCAGCCUGGUAUUCUCUUCCUGAGACAGAGUAUUUGUUUCAGGAACCUGGGGUCAGGUAUAUGAAAGACAUGGCCUGUCCAUCAUUACCAAGAUCUGGAUGCUUGGGAGAAAAGACUGAUUUUGGCUUGUCUGUCCAUCUGUUCAACUUGGAGAAGAUGGCAUUGUAAGUGUUUUUCCAAUGCCUUCAGAUGCCUGCUGUAGGUGGUCCGGAGUCUCAAACACAAGACGGACCACCAACAGCAGCCAUAUGAAGGCAUCACUGCUGCUUGAUAGACCAUGCAUUCUAUGUCUGAUCUGAAGUCUUGAUCUUCAAACCCAUUUCCUCAAUCAUUGGUGUAGUGAAGAUGAGAGUGAAUUUCAUCAUUGAUAUCUGCUUCACUGAGAAAUGGCUCCUGAGGCAGAGGUUAAGUGGAGCCUCCUGUGGAAGGUAUGGCUGUUGAAUUGUUAAUGAUGUACAGAACAAUCCAGGGCGCGCUGAGAGUUCCUCACUGCAUCUUGUUUGGCACUUUGGGCAGCAACCAUACCAUUUCUCUUGCAUUUGUGUGUUUUAUGAGGCCAAGUUGCUAGCUCGAUGCCUCAACCCAGCACGGAUGGAAAACAUGCAAGAAGCUGGCUGGAUUUGAAUCUGGGAUCUCUUGUUCUGAAGUAUAUUGAGGUCAGAGUAAAGCAAAAAGGCUUUUGUCAAAUACUGGAAGAUUAAUACACCAGAAUCCUUGAAGAAUAUAGAAUGUAUAGGAAUGAAAUUGGAGGAGAAUAAAGGGAAAUAAAGAGAGGAAAUUAAAAAUACUGGCAAGUGAACUCGAUGAAAAUUCAAAGGUGUUUAGAAGUAGCAAGAGAAAAAAGAGAAGAAUGAUGGUGGCUUAUCAAAAGUCAAAGUUUCAUUUAUUAUCAAAGUAUACAACUCUGAAAUUCUUCUCCAGGUAGCCACGAAACCAAGAAAGAAAAGAGUGGCAACACUAUUAUCAACCCCCAAAUCCACUCCCCCGAACAAAAAAAGGAGAAAGAUUGGGCAAAAACACAGAAUAUAAAAUACUGUAAGACUGAAUUUAAAAAAGUGCUUGCAGUUUAAUGUCAUUGUCGGGCAAAUAACUAGUAUCAGUUCUGAUGUUUGAUCUAAACCUCUUUAACAAGGCACAGAUUAAUAAAAUACAGUCAACUUCAA